UCGGUCGUUUCGUGUGCGUUUACUCGAUCUGCGGCCAGCCGUCGAUCGUCCCGGAUAACUGUAAAUCCGUGAGAAAGGAGAGAGGGGGACGACUGAGACCUUGGACUGGCCGAGAGGACAGAGAGGCCAAGACUUCGUGAACGCCGUGCUUCGUUGUUGACAGUGACUGGGAAGAGCGAUCGCUCGCUAAGUGAUCGACGGAGAACGGGAAUAAAGUUCGCGAGUCGAAGGUGGUUUUUGACCGGGAAUGCGAGCACGCGUGACGCUCGCGCAGGGACCAUUGACACUUGACACGGACACUUGGGAUUCUGUCUCGUCUCCGAGAGUGACACGUUCUACGUAAUCGCGCGUUACUUUCGUUUUCGUCUGGUUUCUGUUCGUUCUUCUUUUUUUUAUUGUUGGUUUUGUUCGUUUUGGGCCGAAACUGACAGUGAACGACGACGCCAACAGGUACAUCGUCGGGUGGACUCGAAGUGGUUGUUGGUGCGGUCGAUGGUUCUGAGGAACGCGGCUCCGACCGGCCGUGGGAAUGGUGGCGUGAAACUAUAGGGUGAAGUGACAACGUUAGCGCGCGCCAACGUCCGUCAAGAUGCCGAAGAUCUUCCUCAUCAAGAACCGGCUGCAUCAGCAGCAGCUCAGGCUGCUGGAGGCACAGCACCUUGGAAAGAGCCCGCCACCCUGUAGCGGCAAAGAGAGCCCACUUGGCAGCUCCGAACCCCUCAGUCUUAUCGUGAAUAAGCACCAAUAUCGCGAGAAAACGGAGGACGAUCGCGCGACUACGCCCGAGUCGCUUCGCAGCACAAGUCCAGCGUCCUCUCCGCCGCCCCAGUGGCAGUCUGGCACCCCAACCAGCGCACCCCCUCGACGAUUCAUCUCGAGCAUCCUCGGCGGGGACGUCCCCUAUGGAAGCAGGGGUCACGUGUUGACCCGGGCGGAACGCAAGGAGUACAGCAGCCCGCCGAUCGCGCCCUCCUCCAGCGAUGCUUCUCAGUUUCUCGCGAAAUCGGAGAAGCUGGUGCUACCGAGACCGACCACCCCUCCAAAGACGCCGCGUGUCGAGCCGCCUACCAGGGUUUCGGUCAUUCAGAGGGUUCCUCCGCAGAGCCAAUCGACGUCCAGGAGGGAGGACAAGCUGGAGGUCCCGCCACAAACUCAGGAACCGGAACAGGAACAGCCCAUCGAUUACGCAGUGCCGAAGAGAAAGGAGGAGGACGAGGAACGGGGCCGCGAGGGCGCAAAAGUGUCGCGCACAAUAGGCAAUUCCAUCGCGAGGCCGUUGUUGGCCAUGAGACUGUCCGGCCCCCAGGUCGUGCACGCGGCGGCGGGUCACGGAAGAUCCUCGAAUUCCGGCGGAAACGGCGGCUCCAGUUCCGGCGGCGGUUCCAACAGCUCCGGCGGCGGUUCGUCGUCAUCGAAUUCUGGCGGGAGCGGAGGUUAUUGCGGCGGGGGUGGCGCGGUCACGGGAGGCAGCGGGGGCGGAGGCGCUGUGGGCGGUGGAGCCGGCGGCGGAGGAAUGAAUCCCGGUGGGAACGGUGGUCGUGGAAACUAUGGACCCAGUUCCCCACCCACCGGCUCCCUGCCGCCUUUCUAUGAGUCUCUCAAAGGCGGGAACAAUCUCGCCAAUUUCGCCAACCAGUACAACAGCACUCAAGGGAACGGUUACCUGACGCCAUCGCCGACGGUGGGCAUGGAGUGCGACACAGGGCAGCAGGACGUCAACUCCCAGCACUCUCAGUACAACGCCCAGGAGGGCAAACAGUACUCCCUCCUUCAGAACGUCUGCGCGUCCUACGGACUGACUCUGAAGGAGGAGGAGGAUCUGUGCCCCUACAAGAUUCAACCGAACGACCUGCUGUCGGGACAGUACGGAGCCUACGACAUGACGGACACAGGGAUGAUGGUGGACAUGGUCACGGGGGCGGUGGUCGAUCCCCUUCAGUUCACGGCCACGCUGACCUUCAGCUCGCCAUCGGAUCACACGGCGUUGCUGGAGAGCCUGAGCGACGCGGCGGAUCUGUUUCUGCCGAGGCUACCGGCCGAGGAUGGCGGCAACGACCUCUUGGAAGAGUCGUUGCACUCGACAGCCUCCGCUGGCAGCGGUAUCGGCAGAGACGGUGGCCAGAUGACCACUCCCGUGGAGCCCAGCGUCGAUCCUUUCCCGGAGCACAGCAUGGCCUUGACCAGAGGCUUCGACACGUCGAGGCAUUACACGGCGGCUCCUCAGCACUUCAACGCCUCGAAGCUGGGCCUGACGUACACGACGGGCGAAUCGAGCUACCAUCAGUCGGUUUCCAAGGAACGCCCGGAGCUCGCGUUGCACAUGAACCAAAACCACCAGCACCAGUCGGAACCACAGCUGCAGCAGCUACAGAUACAGGUCCAGCUGCAGCAACACCAACAGCAACAGCAACAACAGACUGCUGCUGCUUCGCCUCAUCAUCAACAACACCAGGGCCUGUUGAGUCCAGGAUUGAGCUUCACUGGCAGUGGUCUGGAACUGGACUCUGGUAGCAGCGUGGGCGGAAGUCUGCCGAGUCCUGGUGCAGCGAGCUGUUCGUUGGACGCAGCUUCGACCAGCACGUCGCCAUCUUGCGCGCUGAUGGAACACGCGCCCAGCCCAUCAGCUGCAGCCGCAUCGGUAAAUAACGUGCAAGCUACCGGACCGGUCGGAGAGCCACCACUGACGCAACGGGUCGGUGUACUACAGCAAAGGUUGGGACUGCCAGGCGAUUGUCAGCUCGAGUUCGUUAACGGCGGCCAUGGGAUUAAAAAUCCCUUGGCGAUCGAGGGUCAGAGACAGGCGGCGGCCACUCGCGAGGAAGAGAGGGCAGCCCGACCUCCGCCUGGCAAGGACGACGACCCGAAUCGCUUCACCUGCCGCGUGUGCAGCAAAAACUUCAACCUGCAGCGGCUCCUAAACCGCCACAUGAAAUGCCAUAGCGACGUGAAACGCUAUCUGUGCACGUUCUGCGGCAAGGGCUUCAACGACACGUUCGACUUGAAGAGGCACACCAGGACGCACACGGGCGUUCGACCCUACAAGUGCAACCUCUGCGAGAAGAGCUUCACCCAGAGAUGUUCCCUCGAGAGCCAUUGCCUUAAAGUCCACGGCGUUCAGCACCAAUAUGCAUACAAGGAACGACGCACAAAGGUUUACGUGUGCGAGGAGUGCGGUCACACGACGCAGGAGCCAGAGGUACAUUACCUGCACCUGAAAGACAAGCACCCGUACAGCCCGGCGUUGCUGAAGUUCUACGACAAGCGACACUUCAAGUUCACCAACAGCAAUUUCGCCAACAUGUUGCUCCAGGGUGGCCUGUUGCAACGGGACUCGCGGAAUACAGACAGCUGCGUAAAGUCUGCGUCGAAAAGCCACGAGGCGCCCCAUCAACGAGCCACGACGUUGUUGCGUUUGGGCCGAGCUUCCAGCUUCUGACCGACGGGGGGCCGCGGGGACGCCACGGAAGAGGAACAGAAGCCGGAAGACGGGAACGGAGGCUGCUGGUGACUCCACGGUGACUCCUGGAAGCACACGCCAUCGAAAACGGGAACACACAUCCCCCCCGGAGCAAACGCGUCGCGCGAAAAGUACCUGCAGGUGGCUGCCCUUUAGCGGUGACACACGGAAACGGCAUCGUGGGCCGAUGACGAUCGGAUUCAACCGAGAAAUCGAACUCGUGACAGCCACGAUCCUGAAACCUAACGCGACACUCGUUUUACGCGGUGUUUCUUUCCGAUUGUAGGUAUAUAUAUAUAUAUGUGUGUAUAUUUACGUGCAUAUGUACAGAAAACUAUGCUAUCUAGGUUAUCUGCGAAACGAAUCUUUUCAACGAGGCAACCGCGCAACAUUCGAGGCCUCGAACUUUGAACCCAGAGACACACCAAGGUGCUCAGAAUUCAGCGAGACGAUCGUGUCCCCCAUAAGGUUGUUAAUUUUCAAGGUUCAAUGUGUCGCUUAUUUUUAUGUUAUAAACACGAUUCUCUCGAGAAAUUUUGAGCCCAAAUACGAUGUACAGUCCUGGUCGAGAAAAUGUUGCGUGGUUUUCUCGUGAGUCGCGAAGACUACGCCCGAGGACUCGGAUCGAACGUUUCAGGAAUGACGAUCGCGCCGCCAUCUUGUAUGCUGAGAUCGGGGGCGCAGAUUUCUUCGAACGAUGUUUGUUUUCAAGCGAUAUGCACGGCAAGUUACGUUGCUUUCCGACUCGUAGGGCGGAGGAACGUCCAGGUUUAGGCGACGUAGAGCGUUUCGCGUAUCAUUCCCGCUGGAUGGCGACGACGCGCCAUCGGUAGAAACGCGUCUCGCGUCCAGCCGGAUCGUUUGUACGUUUCUUUUUGUCCGAAUCGUUUGCGUUCCUCGUUGACUGACGCGUUCGGGGAUACGCGUUGCGAAAAGGAUUCAUAUCUUUUUUUUAUUUUUUUUCGUUUAAUUAAUAGAACGCCUAUCGGUACGCACCUUGGGAAAUCUGUGAUAUGAUAAGACACGAUUUUACUCGCUCCUUCGCGCACGAGAUUUCGCUUCUUGCACACGUUGGUUCUUUCAUGGGGUACGCACCGACAUGGUGGAGCGAGAGAUUACACGCCACACACACGCAAACACAUAUACACGGCGCCUUCCUGUGUGUCGGGGAAAUAUCGUUACCCGCGAUAUCCCUCGGAAGUUUGGGAUCUGUCGAUGAGGAUGAAAAUGUUGAUUAUUUAAUAUUUUCAAACUUGCAGGUAUUGAACAGCAAAUCUUGACCCUCCAGGGUAUUUUCUUAAAUGAAACACUCUAUACAGGUGGAUGUAUCUUUCAUCAAACUUGGACAUACAGUUUUAAUAUUUCCAUCUUCUUCUCAAUAUUCGAUAACUUCUAUUUAGGAUUAAAAUUCCCUCGAUUCCAUCAACUAUAUUAAUUUAGUCAAGUUUGAAUAUUCUAGACUAGCAUUCUGUCGUCAAUGCUCAGACUUUCGAGAGGUAGCGUAUGUUUGUCAAUUGUAAGUGAACAUGUCCCGAUAACAGUCACAAUUUUUGCUAUUAGAACUUCCUGGAUUCUGAUAGAAUCAUUCGAUCACUCGUCUAAAGCGAACACAGUGACGCCCCUCUUCUUGCACCGCGAGAUCGAUCUUUCAUGCAGAGAGGGUAGUUGCAAGUAUCCCCCUAUUUUGCAAGAAGCGGGGCGUUGUUGUCUUCGCGCCGACAGACAAAGAGCCGUGCACCAAUGUACACACAGACACAAUGGGGUUUCGUGCAAUUCUACGGUGGUAGGACAUAUUUUUAGUACGGGGCGUGGGGUGGGCGGCACAUAGGAAAUCGGUUCGUGAUUAAAUAGACUGCGUAAAGAAGCAGUCGCGUCUUCGUCGGGUGUUCGAGGGCUUGCGGUAAACCCGGUUAUAUGAGUAGCGAUAAUUAGCGGAAUUACAGUCCGCGAAACGGGUAUGUAUACAUAUGUAGGGGCGAAUCGGGUGCUACGUAAACGUAAAGUGCACGGGGAUAGCGCAUCUUUCGUUUCUGUUAAAAAAUUUUUAGUCCGUAACGCGAGAAGAGGGGUUGGAUCUACGAACUCUUGGAACUCUUUAGGAUGUCUGCUGUUCGUAGAAUGAAAUCUCGUGGUAGUCUUUGGACUCGCGUAAAGUUUAGGGAUCGCUUGGAACUUAGUAACGUUUAAGUCCGAAUAAACAAUGGCGGGGAACGAGAAAGAGAACGCUGAAUGGAAACGUCUCGAAAUGUAUACUUUGGAGCAGCGGGGUGCAUCUUUUUCGAAUAACGCUGAAUGUAAAUAGUAUUCACGUAGUUAGGCAUAGAAUCGUUAGUGUUUUGCAUAGUACGAAGAACGUUUCGUCUCGGCGAGCAUUGGGUGAAUUAUUGUACAUAGCGAAUGUUAGCCGGGUUGCACCGAGAUAAAACAGAGAAUCGA